UCCACACAGAAUAAUUUCUGGUUUUCUAGGGUUGGUCUGUUCCAAACUGAAAAUUUUCACGACAAUUCCAUUCAUAUACCCGGCAACGCCGCCGGACGGGAUUCAUACUACACGCCAUGGCGUCCUCGUCACCUGGCUUCCGGCUGUGGAGAACGGCCUUCCUCACUCUCCGGGACGAAACCCUAACCUCGCCCCCAGCGUCGGCUCUCCUAACCCUCCUUCGCCGCCUCUUCUUUUCAGAGACUCACGAUGCCCUCACCGUGGCUGCAGUAUCCCUCCCAACUUCGGAGGUCACUUCGGAUAUUACACUCCUAGUGGAAUUGGCAUCGACUACUACGCAGUGUGACGACGCAGUGGAACAUUUGAUGCAAAUAAUUCACCUUAUCCAUGAUGUUUGUUGCAGAGUUCGAUUGGAACUUAACUCAUUUUCUUGGACUGUGAUGCUCAAUUUUCUUGAACUUACAAUGGAAAAUGUAAUUGGCAGUGCUAAUAAGAAGAGCAAUUUGAGCAGCACUUUUAGAUUGAAAGCGAUGGCUGAGAUUUUGGAAAUUCUCAGGCUCAUUAUCAAGGUAUACGGGAGAAAUUGUUUGUUAUCAGAGACCAAUCAUUUGACAAGACUUCUUAUUUUCAUUAUCUCAAGCUUGCAUUCUGAGUUGCUUUCCUUGCACAAUGAAAAUGACGCCUGGUAUACUACUGAUAAUGGGUCUGCCAAGCCCAAAUGCAGCCGCUUACGUGAGACAGAAAUUAUGGCAUUGUCCCUUCUGGGUGAUGCUUUAUCUAAAAUUGGAGCUUCUAUGUCGGAAAGCUUAUGGAAUGCUGUGGUUGAGGUCUUGAGGAAAUUGAUGGAUUUCCUGGCCUCAAAAAAUGUAAUUGUUAGUGGUAUCAUGUCCAGAUUCUAUACUUCCCUAUUUCACUGUCUCCAUUUGAUUCUAUCGGAUCCAAAAGGUUCUUUAUCAGCACAUGUGGCAGGUUUUGUUACAACGUUGCAAUUGUUUUUAACAUAUGGUCUCCCUAGUAGAUCUUCUUCAGCAUCCACAGCUGUUGAAUCUAAAAACAAUGGGAUUAAUUCUGCAUACCAGACUUCUGAAAAUUUGGAAUCAUGGAAAAGUGAACGAGUUCCUUAUAGACCCCCUCAUCUACGAAGAAGAGAAGGAAAUAACAUGUGCUUACCAAGUGCCGAGAGCGCUUCUGAUUCUGAAUCUUCUAGGUUAAGUUUAUUUUCAUCAGAUUCAGAACAUAGUGAUAAUGAUGCAACUCCACUUGAUGGUGAUUGUUAUCGUAGCUCUAAAGCUAGAUUAGCUGCAAUUUUGUGCAUACAGGAUCUUUGUAUUGCCGAACCUAAGUCAAUUACUUCUCUCUGGACUCUUCUUUUGCCCGAAAACGAUGUUUUGCAACCCAGGAAGCAUCAGCAAACACUUAUGUCAUGUUUGCUUUUUGAUCCAAUAAUGAAGAUAAGGAUUACCUCAUCUUCAACUUUAGCUGCAAUGUUGGAUGGCCAUUCAGUUAUUUUUCUGCAAUUAGCAGAGCACAGAGAAUCCAUUAAAUGUGGGUCAUUUACAGCACUAUCCAGCUCACUUGGCCAAAUAUUGAUGCAGUUACACACAGGUGUUCUGUACCUGAUAAAGCGAGAAAGCCAUGAUGGAUUGCUGGUAUCCUUGUUCAAAGUCUUAAUACUUCUAUUAUCUGCUACACCGUAUGCUCGAAUGCCAGAAGACCUUUUGCCAAAUACAAUUUUUUCUGUGCAUGAUUGGAUAAAGAGCGACCUUGACUUUAAAUCUGAACACAUUGGCCUCCUGGCAACUGCUGUUAGUUGCUUGGGGGCAGCACUUUCUAAAUCACCUCCUUCACCACAUGUCUUGAAAAAACUUGACGAAGAUAUUUCAAGAGGUGCCGUAUCUCAACAUGGAAUGAGUGCACCGUUUCUUCUGAUUGAGCUUGCUGAACUGGGAAUACAUCCAGCUAUUACAUUUGAGUCCCUCCAGGCCUUGAAAGCCAUAUCACACAACUAUCCAAGCAUAAUGACUGGAUUCUGGGGUCAGAUUUCCGCAAUUGCUUAUGGCUUAUUGCAUUCGCCAGUUACUCCUGAUUUUUCCAGAUGCAAUGCUGGAUCAUGGAAGGAAUAUUCUGGUAAAACUUCGAGCCCUACUAGCGAAAGAUGCAUAGCUGCUGCUAUGAAGGUUAUUGAUGAGUGUCUUCGUGCAGCAUCUGGAUUCAAGGGAGCAGAUGAUCUUUUAGAGUUUAGACUAUUGGAUAUACAACUUAUGUCUAAUACAACCAGAGAGAAGAGGGUUGCUUCUGCCCCUUCAUAUGAGUUGGAUAUCUCAAAUUCCCCAAAUAAAUAUCUUACAGAUUACUCUUCAGCGGUUAAGCAAUGGUCUGAGGUUAUCCAAAAGCACCUCCCCCUUGCUUUAUGCCAUGGUGCACCUGUGGUGAGGGUUGCAGCAUUUAAUUGUUUUGCCGGAUUGACUUCCUCAGUAUUUUCUAUGCUGAACGAUGAUAUGCAAGAAGCAAUUAUAUCUUCUGCUGUUUCAGCAGCACUAGGCGAUGAGGUUCCAUCCAUCAAAUCAGCUGCUUGUCGAGCAAUUGGUGUUCUGGCAUCUUUCUCACGAAUUGUUUAUAAUGGAUGUUUGCUGAAUAAACUUAUUCGUGCAGCCGAGUUUAACACCCAUGAUUCUACAGUCUCGGUGCGUAUAACUGCUUCCUGGGCAUUAGCUAAUAUUUGUGAUUCUCUUCGUUAUAGAGCAAUUGAGCUGCAAUUAGAGUUAAGCACAGAUGAUACGGGUGGAUUUGAAGCACUCUCUCUUAUUGUUGAAACUGCUUUGCAAUUGACAAAAGAUGGUGAUAAGAUCAAAUCAAAUGCUGUGAGGGCUCUUGGGCAUAUAUCAAGGUUUCUGAGUUUCAACUGUUACUCUACGCCAAAUGAAGUGAUCAUGACUCCCAAUGAGUCAUACCGUGCAGCUAAAAACCUUGAAUUCUCCACGACUAACUGCUGCAAGGAAAAUAGCUCACCAGUAUUUACAAGCAAUGGUUCUAGUAGUGCUAAGUUUGGAGACCCUCGGUGGCUUGAAAGAAUGGUACAAGCCUUUCUUUCAUGUGUAACAACUGGAAAUGUAAAGGUUCAAUGGAAUGUUUGCCAUGCUUUGAGCAACUUGUUCCUGAAUAAUACAUUAAGGCUGCAUGAUAUGCACUGAUUAUGGAAGCUCAUUUUCUGAUGUCGUUCAAGGGCUGGAGCAGGUACUAGAAUCUUUAGGUUCACACCACUCAGUGAUGCCAUCAAGUUUCAAAUACAAGGACAAUCUUGAGAAGCAGUUGAAUCUGACCACCUUACAUGUCCUUGGAUUUGUUUCAUUAGAGGAUGGUCCGCUUCUUAAAGAUUUUCUUCUCAAGAAAGCGUAUUUUUUUGAGGGCUGGCUCAAGUUUCUGUGCUCAUCUUUAGUGGAAAGUCAAGAUCAAUCCUCAUCGAGCACGGUUGACCAAUCUGAUGAGUAUGCUCCAUAUUUGCCGAAGAAAGCAAUGGUGCACGCAGCACUCAAGUCCUUAUAUGACAUCUACAAGUGCAACAAACAUCAUGACAUUGCGGAAAGAUUUGUGCAAUUAAUCGGCAAGUAUUUUUGACAUUUAUUCUUUUUCUUGCCGUAAUUGCAAGCUUUCCAUAUUUAAUGAUAUUUAUCGCACUCAUAAGCAAUGUGAUCUGAAGAAAAAAAAAAAAACAUCUAGUGCUUGCCAAGUCUUUAAAGAUGGUAGUUUUUUAGUUUUCUGUACUUAUUUUUUAAUUACAGUUUCUGGUUGGCUUUGUAGCUUACAGGUCAGCAUAUUUUAUUCCUGAAAAUGCUAAAUUUAUUUGAGUUAUAAUUUUUUCCCAAUUGGGAACCCA